GAGAAAGAGAGGGAGAGAGAGAGAGUACAAUAUUAUUCUUCUGACAGAGAUUUGGUACAGACUCAAUCAAAGAGUCUGUUAUAGUCUAGACCUGCCUUUUCACCUUUCACAGGAAAAAACUGUUAAAUAGGCUGGCUGGCACAACGGACCGCAGACAGACUGCUCUCAGGCUUAACCAAGGAAAGGAAAGGAGAUGAAGGGUCCGGUGGUCUCCUCGGAGGAGCCGGAAGGAGUUCUGAAGUUGAUACAGCCCCUCAUCCAGUCCAAGACUUGGGAUUACUGUGUUCUUUGGGAAUUGGGAGAAGACCCUUCUAGGUUCAUUGAAUGGAGUUCUUGCAGUUGUGUUGGCAGCUAUGGUGUUUGUGAAAAUGUCAAGAUGGAAAAUGGAGAAAGCACUGUCUCAGUUCGUUGUAGAGAUACCCAUGUUCACCACCCACUAUGGACCACGGCUUGUCAGACACUUGCUCGUUUCCCUUCCUCCAUCUCUUUGUAUUCUGGUACUAUUCAUGGGGAGGUAGCCAUAUCGAACCAAUCAAGAUGGAUUGUUAUUCAAGACGACAAUAGUAAUUUCCAUCCGUCCAAGGAGUCAGGAGGAACUCGAGUAGUGAUACCGGUUGUUGGCGGUCUUAUUGAACUCUACAGCAGAAAUCAAAUCCCCAGGGAUGAAAGGAUGAUCAAACUCAUCAUGAGCCAACAUUCCAUUAUGAGCAAUCAAUGUCCCGAUCCUUUUAACAGAUUAAUGGUUGUUCCAAGCCCACAUGAAGAAACCACCUGUUUGAAAUGUGAAGGAUCUUCUAUUAAUUCAAGUCCGUUGAGUCACAGUGAUCCUAAUUCAUUCGUUUCCAAUUCAAGCCAUCUCUCUCUUGCAAUCCAUCUGGGACCUAAGAAGAUUGAUUUAAGUAAGCCUGUCAAUGAACUACUAGCUGAGAAAGAUGUAAAUUUAAAGUCAGUCCAAAAGACCCAAAAGGAAUAUCGGUCAAAGAAUCUGGUCACAGAGAGAAAUAGAAGGACGAGGAUCAAAGAUGGGCUCUACAAGCUUCGAUCUGCAGUACCCAAUAUCACUAAGAUGGACAAAGCUUCCAUACUUGGUGAUGCAGUCAAGUAUAUAGAAGACUUAAAGAAAAUGGCAGUUGAACUUCAAAUUCAACUUGAUGAAUUGGAUAAACAAGACGAUUAUUGUGAUGUAAUCAGGAAUAUGGAAUCCAAGGAUGUUAUUAGAAGCAGGGGAAAUUUGCAGACUCGCAAACAGAACCCUCUGGGUGGAAGAAAGGCGAUGAAGCCGGAAGUGGAGCUAAGCCAGAUUAGUGCAAGAGAAUUCUCGCUCAAGGUCCAUAGCGAGAAAAGGAGAGGCGGCCUAACGAGGCUUCUGGAGGCAGUAUGCUGUUUGGGACUUCAAGUAAUAGAUGCAAAUACAACCAGCUUUGAUGGGAAAAGCUUGACCAUCCUCACAUUGCAAGUGGUGAACAAAGUAAACAAUGUCGAGCUGAAGAGUUUAAGAGAUUCGCUUAGGAAGAUGAUAGAAUGUUGAAUGAAGUGACUGAGUUACAUUCUGAGACACUAGUGGUGGCAUUUUCACUUGUAUAUUUCUUGAUGGAAGAAGUUUUGAGAUGGUAUGUAUGAUUUUGGACAAACUGAAACAUGGUUUAUAUAUGUGACCAUUUCAGGAUCUUCCUCUGUUUUCAUAUAUGUUAGUUUGAUGUUAUCAAACACCCUUAUAUUUUGACAGAUUGAAGGAAAUAGUUAAAGCUCCAUCUACUAUCA